AUGCCCGGCAGAAUUCCAGAAGCAUUGAAGAAUGUUUUUCUUCAAUCCCAAACAGGAGUUGAUGUUACACAAAUCGCAGCACCAACCGAUGGUGCUGGAUUCAAAGUCUUCAAUAACCGAGGUCUUCGAGUGCAUGUCCACAGAAAGGUGGCCCAUCAGCAGGCCCCCAAGCCAGAGCUAAUGAGAGCACCCCGAAGAUCAUCACUAGAAAACAUGAGAUCCGACAACAUGUCGACCAUGUCAGGCUUGUCAUCAUCAGGAGAUUCUACCGCUUCCUUGUCGACGAUGACUUCUACAGCCACGGCUACCAAUCACCACAUUGUUACACAGGGAACCAAACCAAAGAAAAUAGAAACUGGAUCUCCUCAAGCCUUUCUCAACAAAGAGCUCAAGCGAAGAGGCUACAACCUCAAGUCUUACGCCACAUUGGAAUCCGGAUACUACACCCAUCCGAACGAACAUCAACUGGCAAGUUAUGGACGCAUCGUCACAAAGGCCAUGUACCAACCAAACAACACAAAAGCGUUGGGAACAUUAUUGGAGUGUGGGAUCUCUCCAAAUGCUUGCAACAAGUUCGGGGAAUCAAUUGUUCACUUGGUAUGUCGGCGAGGUCACUACGACCUCCUCACCAUGCUGAUGGACGCGGGCUGUUCCAUCAAGGUUUCUGACGAUUAUGGCCGAACCCCCUUGCACGACGCGUGCUGGCAAUCCAAGCCAAACUUUGAUGUCAUCCGACUCAUCUUUCAAACGGACAAGCAUCUUGUCCGCAUGAGAGACAUUCGAGGCACCACGCCGUUGUCUUACGUCAAGGAAGAGAACUUUAUCAAAUGGAACGAAUUCCUCGCCUCCAUCAUGGACGAGUUCUGGCCCAGACGAAAUCCCACCACGGACGGCGAACAAGCACCACCCCCGCUCACAACGAUGCGACCCAACUCGAUACAACUCCGUGAAAAGGAUAUUCCUCUCACGAUAAAUCAGGUUUCUAUGUUGUCUGCUGGUGACAUGACUGUGGAAGAGGCCCAACUCUUGGCGAUGGACGAUGAUUCGACGUUUGAUUCGGAUGAAAGUGAGACGUAUUACGACAGUGAUGACAGUAGUUUCUACGAUUCUGAUUCGGACUUUGAUGAAGCCGAAUUGGAAGAAGUCUGCAUGCUUGCGGGUAAUUUCAACUUGAAGGAGUACUGUGUCAGAUAA